UUCUUCCCUCUAACUUCACACUGAUUGGCUAUGUCAGAAGCGAUCGCAUAUCCGUCAGAAUGGUACGGAGUGCUCACAUCUUGGCUAUACGAUCGCGCAACCCGCUUAACUCUCGAUGUUCUUGCCGCGGGACCCAUACCACAGCACAUCGGGUUCAUUAUGGACGGGAACCGGCGGUAUGCCCGACACGAAGGAAAGGCGAUUAAAGAAGGACACGCCGAUGGCUUUGCUUCCCUCCAGAGGAUCUUGGAGUGCCUGCUGAAAUUGCGUGUUAAAUGCGUCACUGUGUACGCGUUCGCCAUUGAGAACUUCAAUCGAACGCCGGAAGAAGUGGACGCACUCAUGAAACUGCUGCGAGAGAAGUUGAUUGAGAUCAGUCGGAAAGGACAAUUACUCGAUCAGUAUGGUGUGCGAUUAAACGUCAUCGGCGAGCGGGGCAUGCUUCCUCAGGAUGUACAAGAGAUCGCCCAGCAGGUGGAGACGAUGACGGAAAAAACUGACAGGGCGAUUCUUAACAUCUGCAUGCCGUAUGCGUCCCGCAACGAGAUUGCCGCCUCCGUACGCGUGGUAAUUGAUGAGAAGAAGAGCGGUAUCACCGAGCACGACAUCGACCGUUAUCUUGAGACCAAUGCUCGGGGCAGCCCACCCUUAGAUAUCCUCGUGAGGACAAGCGGGGUGCACAGAUUGAGCGAUUUCCUGCUGUGGCAGAGUUGCGACACCACUCAAAUACAAUUCACCCCCGGGUACUGGCCCGACUUUGGGCUGAGAGAUCUCGUACCCAUAAUUCUGGAUUAUCAACUUAAGUGCUGGAACAACAAGGUUCAGGUGGCACUGUCGUAG